ACUCUCUCUUCCACUCCUUAUCAUAGUUCAUAGUUCAUAGUUCAUAGCUUUGAAAUCCAUUCUUAGCAUGCUUUUUAGUCAUGAACGUGCUUUUAGCUUUGAAAUCAAUUUUUAACUUGCUUUGAAAUCUAUUCUUAAGUGGAGCUGUGACAAGUAUUACCUUCUAAUAAAGGAUUGUGGGGCUCUCUUAAGAGAUGUAUAAUAGUAAGUCUGUAAGUCUUACGUCACACAAUCUAUGGUCGAAACCAAUUUAUGAACAAACCUUCUUCAAUCAACUGGCUUUCUUCAUCUAAUCUGGACAAUAAUCUCAUAAUAUCACAAGCAUUAAUCUAAAUUUGAUUAAAAUCACAAAACAAGCUUAAAUUUAAUUUUAAAAAAAAUUCACCAUGUCAAAUUGUCAAUGAGGUUUCGGCUCUUGCAUUGGGUUAGAACCUUGUGGAGUUAGGUCUUUGCUUAGCAUUUGGCUUUAGUUUCACUGACCCAAAUACCCAAUCAUAUAGACAAAGGUCGUCUUUAUCUUCAAAUGUUUUUAAGAUGGAUCCAUAUAAUUUGAUUCAACAGAGGCCAAUAGGGUUAUUUCAAACUGGGGCUUUGAUAAUUGUUGGUUAAUCCAUGAUGUCAUAAAAUCUUAAUUUUUAGGAUCUUUAUGUUCGCCGAUUAAAGAAGAAUAAAAUAAAAAUUUUGAUAGAAAAAUAAAUCAAAAGCAAGAGAAUUAGAAUGACCUAGAGGGAUGGAGGCCAAGAGAACAGAAGCAUUCAAAAGUCUAAAUUAUUAAAUAAAAAAUUAAUUUUAUUUUUAUAUAUUAUUAUUUUUACUCUCAAUAAAAAAAAUUACAAGCUUCAAGAGAUAGAGUGGUAGAGAAGGAAGAAGUGGAAAAGGGGCAGAACCUUGAAAAGUGUUUAUUUUUUAUGCAGAAAUUUUGGACAUAUAUUUGAGAUUUCAUGAUAAGAGGAUAUUUUUAGAUAAAUUUAUUUUUCUGUCUUUUAAAUAAAUUUAUUUUAAAUCUUACAGAUAACUAACUUAAAUAAUAAUUUUAUUGAUUAUAUGAAAUGUCUAAAUACUUUUAGUGAUUAAAAUUAAUACAAGAGUAUUUUAAAUAUUUUAGAUAAUAAAAUUGCUACCUAAACUAUAAAAUAAGAUUAAAUAGUAUUAUGCACGAGCAAGAUGAGACAAAAGAGAGAAUAUCUUGUCUCGCAACAUGCAUUGAGCAUCCCAUUUUGUAACCAUUAUUAUUAUCCUACAUAUAAUUUAUAACUUUAUAUUAAAGAAACACGUAACAGCAUGCACAGUGCCAUUGAUGGAGUUUUUAAACAUAUUUGAAUAUUUUAUUAUUUUAUAUAGAACUUUUAAAUAUAUAGAAAGAUGAGGUUUUUUUAUUUAUUGUUUAUAUUUUGAUGAUGUGAUAAAAUUUCAAUUUUACUUUUAUAUAUAUUUUUAAUUAAUAUAACUAUUUAUUUUAUAAAAACACAUUGAGAAUAGACGUUUGUGAUUGAGGUUAGGUGGGUGAGGCAAGGUGAGUUUAAAUGUAUAAAAAUGUUUAGUAAAUUGAUUAACUUUAGUUAAGUUUUAAUUAUGAUUAUUUGAUAAAAUAUUUGAAUUUAUUAAAUACAUCAAAAUAUUCCAGUUGAAUUUGGGUCUUCUAAGCUCUGACACACCUAAAGUGAGUCGAAUUUAAUUAAAUUUGAAGUUCACCAAAUACCUUAUUUAUUAUAUAUGUUCGAUCAUCAACUCAAACUUAAGUAACAUCCAAACUGAAAGCGAAAAUGGGGCCAAAAUUAUGAACUUCUCUUCUUUCUAGAUCAAUGUCCUGCCCAGUUUACUAAAUAUUAAAAAAAAACAAUUAAAACAUUGGACUACUUCAGCCCUGUUAACAAAGUUGGUGACAUUUAACUAAUUUGUUUAAAAAUUACAUAACAAAUACGUAAUAUAGUGAUAAAAUUAUUUAAAAAUAGUUAUUGUUUAAAAAUUAUGAGUUUAAAUCUUGUUAAUUUAAUUAAUUUUUAUUUUUUAAUCAAGAUACAUGAAUAAAUCUUGCGUAUACCAAAAUUUUGCAUACUGAGAUGUAAGCGUAGCAUUUUACUAGAAAAUUUGUGCUACUACAUAGACAAUAUCUUUAUUUAAAAUGAUAUGACAUUCAUAUCCAUACAUUCACAAUGAAAACUCACUGAAUUAAACUAUAUUGAAAAAAUGCUAUUGUUAUAAUAUUUUUGUGAAUUUUAUAUUUAACCAUAUGCGUGGAAAUAUUGUUUUCAAAAGAGAGCAACGGAACAAUGUCUCAACUCACUACCUGGGCAAUAAUGGGAUGAAUAUGUUAACUGUUAUUAAUAAAUGAGAAUAAAAUCUUCUAAAAUUAAUAUGUGAAAUUGACUAUUAGAUUAGGAUUUAGACAAUUGAGCCUUUAUUUUUAUUUUUUUGCAAAUAAUUAGCGGUUAUUCUUCUAUCCAUAUUAGAUCUGAAGCCAAAACUAAAUAUAAACUCGAAUUAAAUUCAACUCAUUAAUGGCCCUGCAUCUGCAUUAUCUAGUAAGAAGAUUGUAAAUCUCGUUUAGGAUGGGUAUGAAGAAUGAGUCUUAUUUUUUAACUUAUUCUAGUAUGAAGAAUGAAUCUUAUUUUUUGAAAAAUCAGAUUCUGUCUCUUUAGACAUUGUUGUCAUACCAUCAUAUUUUUUUAAGAUUUAUGUUAUUUUUCAUUUUACUUUUUUAUUUUUUAACUCUCAAUGCUAUUAAUUUUAACUUUCAAUUGAUACAAGUAUUCAGGUGCUAUGAUAAUAACUUUGAUUUUUUGUCUGUUAUGUGUAAAUAAAUUUCUAACAUUCAAGUUAUGACACGCUUAGUGAAUAUACAAAUAUCACAGUUUGUCUUGAUUGCAAAUCAUAGGCACGAGUCAAAGUUUAUUCAACAAAUUGUCAAAGCAAUUGAUGACAAGCUCAGGCCAACAAUCUUGAAUGUUGCCCCAUACCUCGUUGGACUAUAUUCUCGUGCUAGAAUGAUUAAUUCAUGGUUAGAAGGUAGAGAAAGUGAUGUUGGAAUUGUUGUCAUAUGUGGGAUUGGUGGAAUUGGCAAGACAACCAUAGCAAAAUUUGUGUACAACUUAAAUUUCUUCAAAUUUGAAGGUAGCAGUUUCAUAGCAAAUAUAAGAGAAGUUUCAGGACAACAAAAUGGCUUUAUUCGUUUGCAAAGAAAACUUCUUUCAGAUAUCCUAAGGGGAAGAAAGGAGAAAAAAAUAAACAAUGUUGAUGAAGGGCUUGUUAAGAUUAAACAAGUUGUAGGUUCCAAAAAAGUUCUUAUAGUUCUUGAUGACGUGGAUAAACGAGAACAAUUAGAUGCAGUUAUUGGAAUGCAAGAUUCGCUUUCUCCAGGUAGUAAAAUGAUCAUAACCACUAGACGACAACAUUUACUAAGAACUCAUGAACAUUGCAAAAUACACAAGGUAGACCAGUUGAAUCCUCAUGAAUCCUUAGAGCUUUUUAGUUGGUAUACCUUUGGACAAAACCAUCCUAUUGAUGGUUAUUUGGUGCAGUCAAAGAUGGCAGUAGAGUAUUGUAAUGGGCUCCCGCUUGCUCUUAAAACUUUGGGUUCUUCAAUGUCUGGGAAAAGUUUAGAUGUGUGGAAAAGUCAACUUCAAAAAUUGAAAGCAGUUCCUGAUAGUGAAAUUCUUACAAAACUAAGACUAAGUUACGACUCUUUACAAGAUGAUCAUGACAAAGAUUUAUUUCUUGAUAUUGCUUGCUUCCUUGUGGGAAAAAACAAGGACUAUACAAUUACAAUCCUAGAUGGAUGUGAUUAUUGCUCAUUAAUUGGAAUUCACAACCUCAUUGACAGAAAUCUGUUAGCAGUUGACACACAUAACAAGUUGGUAAUGCAUCAAAUAAUUCAAGAAAUGGGAAGGGAAAUUGUUCGACAAGAAUCACCCAAAGCAUUAGGAGAACGCAGCAGGCUUUGGAAUCACGAGGAUUCCCUUAAUGUCUUGAGAGAAAAAAUUGGCACAAGAAAAAUCAGGGGCCUCAUUCUUGAUACCCAUUUCUUAAAGGAAGAUAGAGCUAAAGGGAAUGACUUUGGGCCCCAUGAAGAAAGUUGGUCUAACAAGCGUAAGAGAUAUCCGUUUGCCUUCUUCUCUAGUCUCUCUGUAGGCAUUGCUACAAAAACUUCAAAUGAAGUAGUACUGGAAGUUAAUGCUUUUGCUGGGAUGUCCAACCUACAACUUCUACAAAUUAGCAAUGUACAACCAUGUGGAAACUAUGAAAAAUUUCCCAAGGGAUUGAGAUGGCUGUGUUGGUCAGGUUUCCCAUUACAAAUGAUACCUGAUGAUUUCCCUUUGGACAGGCUAGUUGCUCUUGAAAUGCCUUAUAGUUGCUUGAAAAAGGUUUGGAAUGGAGCGAAGUACCUUGUAUUAUUGAAACUCCUUAAUUUAAGUCAUUCCAAUAACCUUUAUGAGACUCCUAAUUUCUUGAUGCUGCCCAAUCUCGAGAAACUUAUACUUGAAAACUGUGCAAGGUUGGUUAAAGUUCAUGAAUCUAUCGGACACCUAGAAAGUCUUAUUUUCUUAAGCUUGAGGAAUUGUCAGAACUUGAGGAAGCUUCCUGAAAUCAUUUAUAAGCUGAAAUCUCUAGCAACACUUGACAUUUCUGGUUGCAUAAAUCUUGAAAAUAUUUCAGCAGAGUUGGGCAAUAUGGAUUCUUUGACAGUGCUCCAUGUAGAUGGAACUAGAAUAAGUCAAUUUCUCUGUAUCACUCAGGAGGUCAAAGCAUGGCCUUUGUCUGUAUGGCCUUGGCAAUCAAGUCUAAGAAGUUGUCCAGAAACUUCACGGGUUUCUUUUCCACAGUCAUUGGUAAAUUUAAGUCUAGAAAAUUGCAAUUUAUCUGAUGACAGUUUCCCUCUUGAAUUUGGCAACCUAUCUUCGUUGCGCUCAUUAAAUUUGAGCAAUAAUGCAAUGUAUGGCCUCCCGAAUAGCAUCAGGUGUCUUUCUAGACUACAGUACUUGUAUUUUCUAUCAUGCCCAAGGCUUAAGAAUAUUGAUUGUUUGCCGCAAAAUAUAGAAUUACUGAUGGCUGAUGGAAGUAAGUUGCUGGAAAAAAUAAGCUUUGAAUCACAGGGCAUCACUCCUGGGUUAAGGUUAGGCUACGAAAGUUGUUUGAGUCUAAUUGAGAUUGCGGGCCAAUUCAAGUUGGAACCCUUAGAAAGUGUUGAUGCAGAGCUAAUUAACAACUUGGGCUUAUGCGACUCUAAAGCUGUGGAGAAAUCACCUAUAGAGCUUCUCUCAAACGUUGUAGCUAGAAAAAAGAGGAUGCUUUGUCCCCAGGUAUUGCACGAAAGUCGUAUGCUAUCCACUUUUAUGCGGGGAAGCAAGAUUCCUACGAGUUUCAAUCACAAGAACAUAGGAUCCUCAAUUUCUUUUACUACUAAGCCCUCUAAUGUUUAUUUAAGAAUUCAAGGCUUGUCGGUAUGUUCUAUUUAUUCAUUUUCUAAUACUCCUGAUGCUCUACUAGCUCCAUCUUUCUAUGGGGACAACUGGGGCUUACACACUGUUAUUAGUAAUGAAACCAAGUAUUUGAAAUGGAGCUACUGCCCGCAAGUCUUUGGCAUUCCAGGAGUUGACGAGGACUUGUUAUGGUUAAGUUAUUGGAAGUUUGAGGAUCAUCAGCUAGAAGGUGGCGAUGUGCUAAAUAUUACAGUUUCUACAAUUGAAGCUUUCCAAGUGAAGGAGGUUGGCGUUCGUGUUGUGUAUAGGGAGGAGGCAAAAGACAAGAAGUGCAACCAGGUUACCAAUUUAGAUGACGUCCAGCCAAUCCAUCCCUAUGGAAAGGCAGUUCCUGGUUGUUGCAAUGAGGAUUGCGAGAAGUGUAAGAACUAUCCCGUGCCUACAAAUGCGGCAAGCACUAGAGUCAUUAUUAUCGGCACUCAUCCUUUGAAUUGCACAGGUUGUCCUGACGGUUAUUUGGUAGAGCACGGUACUCUCAGGGUAGGUUAAAACAUUUGGAGGAAGUUAGUUGCUUGUGAUGGAUUGGAUUUUAUCUUUUGUUUGUUUCAUGCUCAUUUAUUUCCAAGAGAAACCAACAAUAUCUAAUGGGAUUAGUGCUGUAAAUUUUAUCUGUGUGCAGCUAUAUUAUAACUAGAUCUCCUUCGUUCUUCAUCCAA